AUGGGAGGAAUUGGCAAAACAACUCUCGCUAAACUAGUCUACAAUGAUGAAAGCAUUAAAGACCAUUUCAAAUUUAAAGACUGGGUUAGCGUCGCACAUAAUUUCAAAUUGGACAUAAUUUUAAAUAUUAUGAAGAAAGAAUUUCUCGCAACGAGCUACACACCAUCCAUGGACAACCCCCAAAGCAAACAUCACGCUUUUUUGAAGGAAAAUUGUUUUUUGCUAGUUCUAGAUGAUGUGUGGACUGAAGAUUACAAAGACUGGGAGCAACUUGAAAGAAUAUUAACUGAGGGACAAAGGGUGUUGGACGACGACAAAGAAUGUUGGUCGUUGUUCUGCAGUGCAUUCUCAGGUGAAAUGUCGACAGAUGCUGAAGUUACUGGUAGGGGAAUUGUGGGCAAGUGCAAAGGUUUGCCUUCUGUGAUAAUUGCAAUGGGGAGACUCCUAAGUCAUGUCGAUGUGAAUGAAUGGGCAAAUAUACUGAAUAAUGAUAUAUGGAAGGUAGAGGAACAAAAGCAUGAUCAAUAUCCCAUAAUUAUGCCUGCUCUAUGUCUGAGUUUUGAUCGUCUGCCUUCUUAUCUAAAACAUUGUUUCGCAUACUUUUCCACAUUUCCAAAGGCUUAUGAAUUUGAUAAGAAUGAAUUGGUGAAGUUAUGGAUGGCAGAAGGAUUUAUCCAGAUGAAUGAGAUAGAUGGAACAGAAAGGAUAAAAAGAAGAGAGGAAAAAGGAGUUAGAUAUUUUGGCGGUCUGUUAGCGAGGUCCUCCUUUCAAGAAGAAAAAGUAGGAACUAGUACUACAUACAAGAUGCAUGACCUGGCCUAA